GAAAGGGGAGGACAAUUUUAACAUAGACUAACUCUAGCUGCAUUGUAUCACAGCUGAAUAUCUGCUGUUAUUAAUCGCAGACGAAUUGAUCAGCAGUUAUGUGAUUAACAUUAACAUUUGAGAAAUAUUUGGCUUUUUUAGAUUAAAGUUCCACCAACUCCUGUUCCGAUAAAAGGUGCGCACUUCCUGGUCAACUUCGUCUGCAGGCACUAAGGAUGUCGGUGACCCCACGGCGAGUCCGUCUCAAGCCCUGGCUGGUGGCCCAGGUUGACACAGGCCUUUAUCCAGGCCUGGUGUGGAUUGACAGGGAGGCAAAGCGCUUCCAGAUCCCUUGGAGACAUGCAACACGACACACACCACAGCAUGACGAAGAGAACACCAUCUUUAAAGCCUGGGCAGUGGAGACCGGAAAGUUCCAGGAGGGUCAGGAUGAGCCGGACCCUGCAAAGUGGAAAGCCCAGCUCCGCUGUGCCCUCAACAAGAGCCGAGAGUUUAACCUCAUAUACGACGGCACCAAGGAGAUCCCCAUGAACCCUCUGAAGAUCUACGAUGUCUGCGACAUUCCACAGCCCCUAAGUAACCCAGGAUCCACUGAACCUGGCCCUUGGACGCCGUAUGAUGAAGAGGGAGGGGAGGAUGAUGUUCCAGAUACUCCUGACUCCCUGCCUCCAUACCCACCCGGUGCCAGCCCCGCUUCCCUCCCUGUCAUGUGGUCCCCUGCCAGUGCGGGCUCCCCCAUGCAGCCCCCCAGCUGCCCCCCUCCUGCUCCCGAGGCCUGGGUCAAAGAAGAACCUGGGAAGGUGUGGCCCAAGGAGGAGCCCGUGGACAUGGAGAUGAACCCCACCCCCAUGGAGGUGCCCCCCAUGGCCCCCGCCCCUUUGGACAUGCAGCCCCUUCCCAUGCCUGACCCCAUGUUCGCAUCCCCAGAGAUGUGGAUCAGCUCGCUCCCCAUGACAGACCUGGAGGUGCAGUUCCAGUAUCGGGGUAAGGACGUGUGCCCCGCCAUAACAGUCAGCAACCCUCAUGGCUGCAGGCUGUUCUACGGGGACCUGGGCCCCAUGGUCAACCAGGAGGAGCUGUUCGGCCCGGUGAGCCUGGAGCAGCUGCGCUUCCCCACCACCGAGCACAUCCCCAACGACAAGCAGCGGGUGUUCACCAACCGCCUGCUGGACGUCAUGGACCGGGGGCUCAUCCUGGAGGUCAACGGCCACGACAUCUAUGCCAUGCGCCUGUGCCAGUGCAAGGUGUACUGGUCGGGCCCCUGUGCCCCCAACCCUACGGCCCCCAACCUGAUAGAGCGCCAGAGGAAGGUCAAGCUCUUCUGCCUGGAGUCUUUCCUCAGCGGUUUAAUAGCCCAUCAGAGGGGCCAGACCCCCAGCCCACCAGGGUUUGACAUCAACCUGUGCUUCGGAGAGGAGUGGCCGGACGGCAAGCCCAGAGAGAGGAAGCUCAUCAUGGUUCAAAUCAUCCCUGUGGUGGCCCGCAUGAUCAACGAGAUGUUCAAUGGUGACUGCAUGCGCUCCUUUGACAGCGGCAGCGUCCGUCUGCAGAUCUCCAUCCCAGACAUCAAGGACAACAUUGUGACCCACCUGAAGCAGCUGUACUGCCUGCUGCAGACCCACCAGGGCCAGGACGGCUGGUCAGGCGCCAUGCCCCCUGGCGCGGCUCUCCACCUGCCCCUGCCCCUGCAUGCCCAGUGAAACGCCAGGCUAGGCUAGCCCUGGCCAAACUGGGCCAUGCCAGGUCAAGCUAGGCCAACUUGGUCUCCUCUGGGCGGAAAAAACAUUCUUAUUAAUGACCAAUGGUUACUGUGGGACCCUAUGAUGCACCAGUAGACCAGGAAAGUACUUAUGUGUUUAUUAUUAAACUUUAAAAUAUGUAGAAGUAUGCACUCUGGGAAAGCGAGGGAGAGAAUCUCCCAACUAGCCUCAGUGUCUAACAAAAUGUACCUUAAGCAGCUUAAGCAAGACUAGAAAACAUAAGCCAUUGUAUUCUCUGUGAAAUGGUUAGGAAGCAAACCGGUGCCCAGCAACCAUACAGGUUCAAAGUCCUGCGUUGUACCAUGCUAGAUUCAACCUAGUUAAUAAGUUCCGGACCCCUAGGCAUGCAUAGCUGGCAGUUGCUACUGGACUGUCAUGUAUGGUGUAUGGGUUGGGUUGUCAUUUUAACACUGAGUGGAUUGAUGAGCCCCAUUGGUGUCUCAUGAGCUCUGAUACUAGGAAUGGGAUUUUGUUUCAUUCGCAGGAAAUUGUCUUUACUGAUUAUUUUACAGAUGAAGUAUAACCGUAAACUUAUAAUUGAGCUGUAUGUAUUUACCGGUCUUGCUAUACCUACAAUAGGAUGAUGAUAACUUAUUGUAGGUACAUGGGUAAUAUUUUGCGACAUAAACAGAUAUAGGUUUUAUGUGAACUAUUGAUAUAGUGUAAUGGAUUUGGAUCCUAAAUUGGUCAAGUAAAUAUAUAUUUUUUCUUCCACCAUU